AGUGUUAAAUGAAGACGUCAAUCAAUGAAGAGAGCAUUCUUUCAACAGCUCUUAUUUUAUAUUACACCCUAAUUUUGUUUUUAUUUCAUACAUUAAUUAAUACGAUAAAUACAUAGUUUAGCUCAGCGAUCACAAUCAGAAGUUUAUAGAACGACGAUUCUGGCCAGCCCUUCAUCUGAUCCAAAAAGAACCAAGCUUCCCAAAGAUAUGCCAAGAGUAUCUAAAAAACGCAAGGCGGCGAGAAAACGAGUGGAAGCGAGGAAAUUGAUUCGCGAAGCUCAACGGAUUCAACUGGGACUUCCAACGAGCUCCUCAACUCAUCAGCCUCCUCUUCGCGAAGCAUGGGAUAUGCUCGUUCAAGAAGACGGUGUGCAAAUGGAAUUACCCAUCAAUCUCAAGCAAGAACCCAUCGACAUACAAGACCUACCAUUCCAAUCGGAGCACUUAGAGGAAGUUAAGGUGGAACAGAUAGAACCGACUGAUGUAGAACUGGAUCCCAUCUGUCAACAGCAAUUGAUAACAGAUAGAGUUGUAGUUAAGCCAAAGAAGCCAAAGAAGCGCCGUGUUCAGGACCUCGGUGAUCUAAGGUGUCAGUUUUGCCUGAAGCUUCUCAAAGAAGUUGGAGGACGAAGUUCCAUCACCCGAAAGCGCAUUAUAUUCGUUAUUGGUGCGCGAAGGUGGGGCUCACCUCGUGAGCGUCCGAACUGUUGCAAAGAUUGUAAGAGAAUGUUCGAUCUGUUCCACGAGUUCAAGACGUCCUGCUUGAAAGCGUUGGCUCAGUCGAGGGUGAUGGCCAAUUGCACUAAGAAAAAUCCCCCAGAUGAGAUGCUUAAUAUGCAGCCGAUAGUUUCUGAAAGCAUCGAAUCAGUUGAUGCCCAACCAGAAUAUGAGUGCCAGAUUUGCAACGUAUUUUUUUUAGAACAAUGGGAACUGGAAACACAUUUGCUGACUCAUGAUUCAACCCCAGUAAAUAAGAGAAGAAAAUCCAGCGACGAUUCCUAUAACGAUACGAUUGAAGCCCAACAGCCAUCUAAUGAUGCUCCUGAAGAAUCAAACCCGGAAACUACGGAGCAUUCCGCUGCCGACGAUAAAGCGUUGCCUAACCUAAUUCCAGCGCCUACCGCGCCAAAAAGGAAAUACUGUUUCCGGUGCAAGAAGUUCUACGAAUCGGAGGCGAUCUACAUGGAGCACAGACCGACGUGCACCAAGCCGCCAAGAGAUCCCCCUCCAUUGGCGUGCAAUCAGUGCCCGAAACGUUUCAAUCGCCAAGAACAUCUGACGUAUCACAUAAACCAACACAAUGGAAUACGCACGGUCCCUUGUCGCCGAGAGGGCUGCACCAAGAUGUUCUUCCAACCACAAGUUCGCCACAGACACGAACUAACUUGCGGCAAGGACGCAGAGUUAAUGUGCACCAAAUGCGUCUCUAUUUUUCGCUCGAAAAGUGCUCUUAGUGCGCACAUGGCUACCCAUGGAGAUCCAACAUUCUUCUGUGAGAAGUGCACCAGAGGUUUCUACUCGAAAGCGAACCUCCAGAAGCACUACGCAUCGCAUUCGGAUGCGCGCAAUUUCGAGUGCAAGAUCUGUGGCAAGCGCUUCAAAUCACACGAAGCCAAUCGGGUGCAUUAGCGGAUCCAUACGCAGGAAAAGCCGUGCGUCUGCCCUGAUUGCGGUAAUAAAGGAUAA